AUGGCACCAGUAUAUCUCGCAAAGUGUGCCAAUUGUGGAACGGACGCAUCACUGAAGUGCACUCGCUGUAUGGACGCGCCAGAGUACGAGCCUGGAGAUUCGGUCGAUAUUGUUUACUGCAACCGCGAAUGCCAGAGAGAACACUGGCCAAAUCAUAAGGCAUACUGCCGCGAUCUAGGACAACGAAAAAAGCUGCUUCGCACAGCCAAAAUACUCAAGGCCGCCCUAUUGACAUACAGAGAGGUCAUGUACGAUGUCGACCUGACAAAAAUUGAGUUGCAAGAUGGAGUCCUCUACCUUCAUCAACAUCAAAGAUCUAUCACUGCUCGAUCACAACGUAGGCUCUUUCCAGAUCACCUCACCACAAAUAUCAAUCAUAAAGAGGCAGCUCUUGCGAAUAACCAAUGCACAUUAGCUAUGGCACUAUUAGGUCGCCUAACCCGGAAGCUACUUAAAGGGAUCGCCUCGACCGUCGAAGUACUAGACCUCCAUAUUGGAAAGCCGUUGAUUCCAACAAAGCUCGUUCCCGGUCCAGACUCCAGCGAUACACCACACACAGUGUUAAAAGUAGGACGACAUUUCGCUGCUGAGGCAUGGAUUCUCGACACAGCCGGCUGCCAAUAUGGAUUUCAAGAGGUUCUUGUUCCUAUAAAGAAGUACUUUGCAGAUAAUUCAUGCCAAAUUUUGGGUGAGGCCACCACAUACGAUGCGACCGAGACGAAGGACUUGGACUACUUCUCGACUCUUCCAUUUAUGAAUAGGACAAAAGCACAGCGAGAAGACAGAAAGCUGGAUCGACAAGCUCGCCUACACUUUGCCGUCUUCGUCGACAAACAAGUCAGCAUGGAUGUCCUUGAUGGCUCUACUGUCGAGUUUAAGGAUAAAGUGGACAGCUUCGUAAAUGAUUUGAAGGUGCAUAUGGUAAAACUUGGCAAUUGA